AUGCUUGGAAGGAUGGAACAUCUCACGAGCGAAGAAAUCUUUGGUCGAGAUUACAGUUUCAGUGGUGCGGACCUUUUGGCAUGUAACAAGAGAUAUAAACAAACAACACAAAUUAAGGAGCGAACAAAUAAACGCAUU